AUGAUGUCCUUUGUUCCCCUGAUCCUGGUGGGCAUUCUGUUCCCUGCCAUUCAGGCCAAACAAUUUACAAAAUGCGAGCUCUCCCAGGUGCUGAAAGACAUGGAUGGCCGUGGAGGCAUCACUUUGCCUGAAUGGAUCUGUACCAUAUUUCAUAUCAGUGGUUAUGACACACAAACCAUAGUCAGUAACAAUGGCAGCACAGAAUAUGGACUGUUCCAGAUCAGUGAUAAAUUUUGGUGCAGGAGCAACCAUAUUCCCCAGUCAAGGAACCUCUGUAACAUCGCCUGUGACCAGUUCCUGGAUGAUGACCUUACUGAUGACAUGAUGUGUGCCAAGAAGAUUCUGGAUAAUAAAGGAAUGGACUACUGGUUGGCCCAUAAGCCACUCUGCUCUGAGAAGCUGGAACAGUGGCUCUGCGAACAGUUGUAAGCACCUGCUAUCCCCGCUGCUCCUGCCCUCUCUGUGCUCCUGGAACU